ACAAGUGGUGCGGUGCCAUGCGGCUGGAGCCCUUAGGGGUUUGUUUUCCUUUCCCUUAUAAAUCGACAAUCACUGUUGAAUCUAUGUCCAAUUUGUAUGAACGUUCGUUGAUAGAGAGACAAACAGAGAAAUGCAAUCCUCAAAAGAGAAGCUGAGAAACGUGGCCGCCGCUGCCAAGGAGCACGUUGACAUUUAUAAAGCCAAAAUAGAUGAAAAGGCAGAGAAAGCAACGGCAAGAACAGAGGAGGAGAAAGCGAUAGCCCAUGAGCGUGCAAAGGCAAAGGAAGCUAAAGCAAAGAUGGAGCUGCAUGAAGCUAAAGCCAGGCAUGCAGCGGAGAAGCUAAGCACGAAGCAAUCACAUUAUCAUGGUCUCCAGGAGCACGUCGCUCUCCCAGCUGGAGCUCAACAGCCACCCUUGGUAGGAACCCAGACUCAGUACCAGCAAGGGCGCCACCCAGUCGGUGCAGUUCCCACGCCCAGAGCCACUUUUCCAUCUAAUCCAUUAGGAGGAAACCCUCCCACCAUCAACAAGCAUAUAUAA